CAAUGAAUGUAUUGACAUUUCGCCUACUUCUCCCAAACAAGCUCGAAUGAAAAUGUUACGGAGAUGUUUAUCGUAUUGUAAGGAAGUGUAUUAAACUACUAAAGAUCAAAAGAACACACAAAAUGGGACAAAAGGCAACAAAACACAAAGAUGCUGAUGGUGAACCUUCGCCCUCGCCUCGAAAGUCACCAAAACGUUCAAAACAUAGGGGAAGGUCAUCAAGUAAAGAACACACUCCUUCUCAUUCGGAGAAGUCCAGUUCAGGUGAUCCAGGAGGAGGAAGGCCAUAUUCAGAAAUAGAAAAACCCAUAAGUCCCGUUAGCAAAAAGUCUUUACAAACAAUUCCCAAACAUGAAUCUCCUCGAAUUAGUAUGGAUUAUGAUCAAAAAGAAAAUAUUCCAGAACAAACUUUAUCUAGAACUCCUCCAAAAAUGAAUGGAAAUGAAAAAAUGGUAGUGUGUACUCCAGAUAAACUGAUAGAUUCUAGUAUAUCAAAUCAUUUUCCACAAGCUACAUCUACGCCAGCUCCUAAUGGAAUAAUUAGUUCAGGACAAUCCAAUGGACAUGCUUUUGAUUCAGAUCAGGAUCAAACAGAUCAAAGUGACGAUGAAGCAUUUACUCCAUCAGAACAACAAUUUCCUGGUAACAGUCCUAGCCUAAGCACUGCCUCUCUUGCUUCAAGGUCAACAACAAAUAGCUGGCGUAGAGCUCAAUCGGAUUCUUUAGAUGAGAGAGGAUCUGCACUUAGCUUUGGAAAGUUUUACAACAGUAGUUAUUUACAGAAAGCUACGUAUUUAAAGAAAGCCACAACCACACCUACUACAAAUGGACAAAAAUCUCCACAUUUUCAUAGACCAGCAAAUUUCUCCUAUAACAAAGGCACACCACAGUAUCUCAAAUCAACCAACAAAAGUGGAAUGGCUGCUUUGGCAUCAGGUGGUAAGGUGAUAGUCAAGAGAACAAGACGAGCAUCUUCACCUGCAGAUCUCAAGAAUAAUGAAGCAAUACGUCUCAGCAUGUACCCAAGUGCCAAGAAACCUGCUGCCAAUGAACUAGAAAAGAUAGAACGAGAAGACUGGCCGGCACCUCCUGCAUUAGCUUCUAUAUUACCUGAAUUAAUGCGACAGCGGAGGAAAAGUCGAGGAGAGAAAGAUGAGGAUAGUGAUGAUGAAGCUCCACCCGAAGAUCCUAAAAUUCAAAGAGAAAUAGAAGAAUUAUCUAAAUUUAAAGACAGUUCUGGUAUUGGCAAAAUUAUUUAUAAAGAACUGGAGGAAAGGAAAGCUCAGCCAAUGAAAUUGUUAGAUCCAUGGAAAGCCUCACGAGUACCUGGUGCUGAUCACGAACCUAAAUAUUGUACCAGAUAUCAGUCACCAAUGUUUGCAUCACCUUCACGGUUUGUAGAUAGACCAAAGAGAAGUUGGGACGACAGUGAUAUAAGAGGGUACAGAACUAUUACAACAUUGUCCAAUUAUCCAGUUGCUAAGCCAGGUUAUGGUAUGGAACCAAGAGCCCACACAUUACCACUACAAGGAAUGUAUGGAGGUCAUAUAGAUUUUAGAUAUUUUGAUUUUGAAACACAUAGAUCUAGUAGAUAUACAUCAUCAUCAACCAUGAACACAGAGAGAGAGUCAUUUGGUUAUAGUUUUAGUGACAAACCCGGUGUGUCAUUACUUACAUUACAAAAAAGUAGUUGGCAUACGGAGGCUGAACCACAGAUUUAUCCAUAUGAAACAUUAAAAAUCACCAAUUUUGAUUUACCAAGGGAUGUAGAUUUAAAUCGUUUAGAGAUACAUUUAGAUGAAGAAGAUUUUCAGAAUAUAUUAGAAGUACCAAGAAAUGAAUUUUAUAGACUGCCUUUAUGGAAACAAAAUGACAUGAAGAAAAAAGUGGACUUAUUUUAAAGUAUCAUCCCUAAGAACCAUGUGAUCAAAAUAUGACAUAUCAUUGGAUGAUGGGGUCAUGUGAUCAGUGAUAUUAGUAGAAAGAUAACUAGUGCUUCUGUACAGUACAGACAAUUGGAACCAAGCUUUACCAUUUUGUUUAUCUUGUUGAAAACUUACAUUUCUGCCAUUAAAUCACACUUUUUAAUUACUUUUUAUGUCUGCUAGACACAAUUCUUUAAAGUAUUUGCUAGAUUGUAAACACCAGUAGAAGCUUUGGAAAUAUUAAAUACUGCAUAAAUAAAAACACUUCAAAAUUAUUUAAGAUGUAAUGAAAUUUUUAUGCGGAAAUCAAUGAACACAAAUUAUCUUUUACGUAGAAAGGAGGUUAAUAUUACUAUACUAUAAUAUACUAGUUCUAUUGACACAAAUAGAGAGAAACUCCUUGAUUUAUUUUAACUGUAGCCUACCAAUUUUGAAAGAGUCCGAAUUACUUAAGUAAUGUUGGUGAAAAAAUGGGCCUUUUGUUUUUAUUUUGUACCAAAUUGAAUAGAUAUUAAGAUUUUGUAUUGAAAUUGAUUACCAAUCUCUAUUUGAAGUUUACUCAACUUAUCAAAUAGGAGAUAUGUUUACCACAGUUAAAUUAUUAGAUCUGCUGUUUUUAUACAAGUUAUUGUUUAAUGAUAAGAUAUUUAUUGUUAGUAUUUUUACCUUUUUGACCUAUUUUGUAGAAAUGAGUUGUGAGAAAAUGAUAGGUUGGUUUUUUUUUAAAUGUAUACAGUACGGUGGUUACUAACUUCCAGUGGUUUCGACUUUUCGAUGAAUUUUUUUGGCUUCAUUUGUUUGAAUUCAUAGUCCGUUAUAAUGAGAAUGAAAAGAUUAAAAACAAUGUCAUUCAGUAUAUGAAAAUGAGGAGAUGAAAUUAGGCGUAAAAUACAUGAAGACUAAUGAAAAAUUAAAUAACAAUUCAUUAUCAUAAGGAUCAGAUGAAAACAAAUGGAUUAGCACAUGUCAUUGGAAGUAUUUGCAAAGGUGAUAUCAUAGCUAUAGUAAAAAAAUCAGUCAAAAACCAAACUGAAAUGGAUGUUUGGUGUAUAUUAGACACUAUAGAUACAAUAGCCAUUAUGCCAUGCAUGAAUAACAUAUCAAAGAUAUCUAAAUUUUGCUUGUUCUUGAAUGUUUUUAUAAUAAAACGAAUUCUCCAAAUAUUCCCCUUGCAACAGGAAGACAUUAACUUUAUGAGAAUGACAUUUUAGUUAUUAAAACUUGGGAUGGAUAAGAUUUUCUUUAUUGAACAACAUGAUUAAUAUUUUCUUUAAGGAAGUUUGCUACUCAAUUUCAAAAUAAUAAGCUUUUCAUAAAACAAGCAUAUAUUGAUAGGGGAUAAUUAAAGGAACCAAAAGAGCGAAAAAAAUAUAGAGGUCA